GUUGAAUAGUUUAUUUUUGUAUUUUUCCGUGUACUAAAAGCUGUGUUUAAACAAUACACGUCGUAUAUAUAUAUAUAUAUAUAUAUACACACAUACAUAUAUAUAUAUAAACUUUUAACAGAAUGAGUUCAUGGGAAAAAAGUACCAUGAACCCCCCAAAAAAUACCCCAGCGACUUCUAAAUCUGCUGUAAAGAAGCCUUUUAAAGAGCUUCAUGUAGGAAAAGGGGAUAAUCACGAUAGCAGUAGCCCUCGUGAUAACGACAAAUCGAAGCCGUUUCGUAAAAACUUCUCGAAUUCCGAAAAAAAAUUCACUAAACCCCAAGAGAAGAGGGAGGAAGACUCCAAUUCUGCAAAUAGACCUGUUAUACACUACAAAAAGGAUAUAAAAGCUGGAUCGACAUGGUCAAAGAGUAGGGCAGGUCCUUCAUUUGCCGAUAUGGUGCGGCAGCAAAAGGAUGAAGCUAGGUUAUCUGCAGAGGCCAUCACUUUAAAUUCCACGCUGGAAGCGGCUCAGCCUCUCUCUCAAGAUGAAAACACACCGGCAGCUCUUGUUACCGUUGCCAUUCAGGAAGCCAUUGUUGAACAACAAACUGUGGAGCAACCGCCUGCUCAGCUGACAGCUGCCGAAAGCAAGAAAGUAUCUGAACCGGUAGCUCCACCCACGCCACCAGCACCUUCGUAUUAUGUUCUAGAAGUGGAAAGAGUAGAUUGCGUCAAACUUCCUAUUAAUGUCGUCAAAGUUGCAUCAAUGUCAGCUGAGGUUUACAACUUCUCUGCACACGCAGGCAAGGCACCAACCCCACCUGCGCCACAACAACCGCAAGCCAUUUAUCGCUCUGACACUGCUAAUUUGAGCAAUCGUACCUGGAGUCUGGCCGAUACAGGACGCUUACUACCCCAACAACACCACUCCACAUGGCAGUCUUCUGUUAACCAAACUUUGGAUGGAUGGAACAAUGCACCAGAACGGACAAACUUGGUUCAGUCACAAUCACAUCAACAGCAACCGCAAUUACAAUCGCAGCAGCGCUUUCAACAAGUGGCGUCACAUAUGCAAUACAAUGCUUACCACCUUUCACAGUCGCAGCUACAACAGCAACAACAGAUUCGCAGCCAGAACUUUUUCCCACCACGUUUACGAGCCAGUGAGCUAACGGACUUUGCCCCUGUUCGUCAGCCUGUAUCAACCACAGCGCCGUUUAGUCGUGCUCAGGCACCAACCAGCAGUGGCAUUUCUUGGUAAGAGUCAUGCACAUUACGAAUAAUUAUAUAAUGGUAAAAAAAUCUAAGGGCACAUAUAAGAAGGUUAUCUACAUUUACUAAAGGACAACUCUUUUCCUUUUUUGUUUAUCCCUUGUGAUUCUUAAACAAGUGAUUGCAUUAAAGAAAUAUGUUUUCUCAUUUGAUAAUGGUGUUGACGUAAGAAA